CAAUACACUUCAUUGUCACACUUUAUUUAAACAUAUCUUUGCUGCAACAUCUCAAGCCACUUUGUCGAUUGAGAUUGAAAAGCAAGAGUUUGUGGCUCAGGGCAGUCCUGGAAAUCGCUUAAAAGGUUACAUAAAGGGGUUGUACCAAAUGCUCCAACGUGGCGUAGAAGAAGAUAGAUGUGAAGGGAUCAUGCACUUUCACGGAGCUGGUUGAAGCAAAAAUAUGCAUUAAAUUAGUUUUUUUCGCGCGCGUUACACGCAGCCAAACAUUUUAAACCCUCUCAUUUGAAGACAGCGGCUGUAAAAUAACGUUAUCGAAUUGCAUUAACCCGGAACUGCUUCACCAAAUGUGAAGAGGUCGUUUCCAGCAGAGAGGAAGCGAAGUGAUCGAACAGCUCUGUGCUUUGGUGGAGUGCUUCACGCAGCAAGCGAUCGCGGACGGGAACACGACCCGCAGCAUUAUGUGUGCGGCGACACUUGUCAGAGCGCUGUCUAAAUGGCUGUGCCCUUCAGAUCUCUAACGGGACUGACACGCGUGAAUUUUCCGCAAUGCCGAAUGCGACACAGAGACGGGUUUGAUCGCUGCUUGCCGAGUUUAUUUCCUGACCCAGAGAAGGUUUUGCAAACCCGGGGACGGAGGUUGGCUUCCACCGUGAACUCUCCCUGGAAGCGGCGCGACCAGGUUCAGCUGAUGAUGGGAACAGAAGCUGCUCGGAAACGCGUUUGCUCCAGAACUGAGGCUGUUGAACUUCACAGUAAAAGUCCGGCUAUUACCAGGAUUUCAGUGGAGGGCAAUAUUGCUGUCGGUAAAUCCACAUUUGCUGAACUGUUGGAGCAGGUAGCCAGUAAGCAAUGGGAAAUUAUUCGGGAGCCCAUAACCAAAUGGUGCAACAUUCCAACUUCCAGCUGCAGUGAGGAGUUGUCUUCCACACAAAAUACUGCUGGUAACCUACUUCAGAUGCUGUAUCAGGAUCCCCACCGUUGGUCCUAUACCUUUCAGUCAUACUCCUGUAUGAGCCGAAUCAAGGCCCAUUUGGCACCAGUAUCUCCCAGACUACUAAAUGCAGAACAACCAGUGCAGAUAUUUGAAAGAUCAGUCUACAGUGAUAGGUAUGUAUUUGCAUCCAAUUUAUAUGAAAUUGGUUGGUUGAAUGACAUUGAAUGGACCGUCUACCAGGACUGGCACACUUAUCUUCUCAAUCAAUUUGGUAGUCGAAUAGCUUUGGAAGGAAUUAUCUAUCUUCAAGCAUCCCCUGAAAAGUGUUUGGAACGAUUACACCGAAGGGGUAGAGAUGAAGAAAAGGAAAUUCAACUGGAGUACCUGAAACAGCUCCAUUCACAACAUGAAAACUGGCUUGUGAAACGCUGUACAGAACUGCACUUUGAACAUCUGAGGAACAUUCCAGUGUUGGUGUUGGAUGUCAAUGAGGAUUUUGAGGAUGAUAAAACAAGACGAGAAAAGCUGUUCGAAGAAGUGAAGAAGUUUGUGAACAGUCUGAAGUUGGAAAAAUGAAACACCCUUGUCAUAUUAAGAAAUUCCUUGAGUAGGAAUGAUGUAGAGUGAGAGAAGACUUGGUGAUUGGGAUAUUCUUUUAAGUGUUAGUGCAUUGCUCACUUCAAGCUCUCUUCCUUAUUUAAAUAGGAUUUAAAUGCCAGUUACUUAGCAUGAGUUAUGCAGAAAUUUAACUCUUUAUCAUGUUGACAUAUUUUCUACAGAAACAUUGCACAGUAUUCUUAUGAUGACAAAAUCGAUUGGAAACCACAAUUGAUCUGGUCUCUUCGAACUUAAUAUUUCAUACUUCUGUCAGUUCAUCCUAUUCAAUUUUGUUUAUUUUUACUAUAAACCAUCACAACUAACCCAGGAUAAAAGCUCAUUUUUAACUUUUGCUGCUGAUUCUUAGUUUUCGGCUGAGGAUUGUGCAUCAUUUUAAUUUACUCAAUAAAAAUGCAUGGUGAAUCACUUAGAAGUAACUUUUUAGUGCCGUAUACUCAAGUAAUAGUCAAUCUCGUGUGAAAAUUUGGUCCCGAACAUUUGGCCAAAAAAAUCUUCGUUUUUCAUUUUCCUUGUAAAAAGUCAACUACCAGUUUUCCAAAGACAUUCUACUCAGAUUCUGCUUAUUUUUUCUACUGUGCACUAAGAGUAAUGGAACACAGGCCAGUAUAUGAAGCAGCAGUUUUGUGGUCUACCUGAAUUAGUGCUUGAUUAAAGUAGAGUGCAAUUUCUCCACUGAGGUGCUUUGCAAGUUUUAGUUUAAUUUCUCUUAGAAAUGGCAGAAGUAAGAUUGGGGAAAAAAAAAACUCCAGAAUCAGUGUCAAUAGCAUGUGUGAGC